CCUGAGGUGGCGGGCCUGGGGGUCCCGUUCUGUGAGGAAGGAUAGCCAUCCGCUCCCCCAGACCUCGCUGGCGCGUACCCAGCCCCUCAGGGCCGCUUGGCCCCGACGGCCCCAACCGGGCACCCCCAACCCCGACGCUCCUCAACCCGACGCUCCCAACCCCGACGGCCUCUACCCGACGGCCCCAACUCGACGCUCCUGAACCCCGACGCCUUCCCCCCCGGGCACCCCCAACCUGACACCUCUUAACUCCUCUCCAACCCUCCGUCCAUAACCCCUCCCAACCGCCGCUCCCCAGCCUUGAUGCUCCCGACCCCGCAGCCGCCGGCCCCCCGGUUCUCCCGCUUGGUCGCCUUCCUCUGACCCGGUGCAGGUGGAGCAAGGAAGGGCCCUUCUCGGGUGUAGCCCGGUGCUGGGGCCGUGAGCUCUGUCCCCUGCCAGCCUGGGGGGCCGGCGUGGGGAGACAGGCCUGGUCAGCAGAGCUGAGGUCAAGGCACUGCUGGUCCCCGAGACAUCCGAGAAGGAAGUUCCCCACGGGGACAGGGAGGACCCAGGACCUUUGAUCACCAUGGAGCAGGAGGAGGACGCCGGCCCAGAGGCCGGCUAUUAUCUGGGGGCCACCCUCUGGGCUUGGGGUCUGCAGCUGAUGGAGCAGCAUUCCCAGUCCACCAUGCUGGUGGGGGUUGCCUUUGGAGUUCUUCUGGCCCUGGCCCUCGCUGGCAUCACCACCUUCUUUGUGUACAGAAAGGUCAGGCAACUUGGACACGCGCAGCCCGCCCCGCAGUACAGGUUCCGGAAGCGGGACAAGGUGAUGUUCUACGGCAGGAAGAUCAUGAGGAAGGUGACCACACUCCCCAAUACCCUCGUGGGGAACACGGCCGCCCCCCGGCAGCGGGUGAGGAAGAGGACCAAGGUGCUGUCUUUGGCCAGGAGGAUUCUGCGUUUCAAGAAGGAAUACCCAACCCUGCAGCCAAAGGAGCCGCCGCCCUCCCUGCUGGAGGCCGACCUCACGGAGUUUGAUGUGAAGAAUUCCCACCUGCCCUCAGAAGUUCUUUACAUGCUGAAAAACGUUCGGGUCCUGGGGCACUUUGAGAAGCCGCUGUUUCUGGAACUCUGCAAGCACAUGGUCUUCGUGCAGCUUCUGGAAGGGGAGCAUGUCUUCCGGCCAGGGGAGCCGGACACCAGCAUCUACGUGGUGCAGGACGGGCGGCUGGAAGUCUGCAUCCAGGAUGCGGACGGCACCGAGCUGGUGGUCAAAGAGGUCCUGGCCGGAGACAGUGUCCACAGUCUCCUCAGCAUCCUGGACGUCAUCACUGGCCACACGGCACCUUACAAAACGGUGUCAGCCCGUGCUGCCGUCCCAUCCACCGUCCUCCGGCUCCCAGCUGUGGCUUUUCAAGGAGUGUUCGAGAAAUGUCCUGAAACCCUGGUGAGAGUGGUGCAGAUCAUCAUGGUGCGGCUGCAGAGGGUCACCUUUCUGGCUCUGCACAACUACCUGGGCCUGACCACGGAGCUCUUCAACCCGGAGAGCCAGGCCAUCCCCCUCGUGUCCGUAGCCAGCGUGGCUGCCGGGAAGGCCAGGAGACAGCCGUGCUGCAGCGCUGAGGAGCGGCCCCUGCGGCCCCUGGAGCCCGGCGACCCAGCAGAUCGUGGUGGCAGCCGUGCCAUGGCCUCUGGGCCUGUGCUGAAGAGGAGCCAUUCCUCCCCUCUGCCUUCUGUCCACAAAGACACCCUGGAUGAGCGAGGCAAGGCCCAGGAAGGUGACAGGGCCCCUUUGGCUCCACCAGGAGCCACAGCAGGUGCCACCUCAGACCAGAGGACAGCACGUGACUGCACCAGGGUCUCCCAACCUUCAGAGGAGCGCCCCGGGAGUGCCCUGGCCAGCAAGUCCAAGAAGAGCGUGGUCCUGGCAGAGACCCCUCCUGCGGUCUUCCACUUGCCGGAGAGCGACUCAGAGGACACCAUCCCCAGCAGGAAGACCGACGCCAUCCUCGGCGCUGCCAAGAAGGACCUGCUCACCCUGAUGAGGCUGGAUGACCCGUCGCUGUUGGAUAACCGGGUGACACUUCUGCACGUCCCGGGGGGCACGGUGGUGUCGAGGCAGGGAGACCAGGACGUGAGCAUCCUCUUCGUGGUCUCGGGGCUGCUGCACGUGUACCAGCGGAAGAUCGACAGCGAGGAGGACACGUGCCUGUUUGUCACACGCCCCGGCGAGAUGGUGGGCCAGCUGGCCGUGCUCACGGGCGAGCCCCUCAUCUUCACCAUCAGGGCCAACCGGGACUGCAGCUUCCUCUCCAUCUCCAAGGCGCACUUCUACGACAUCAUGCGGAGGCAGCCGGCCGUGGUCCUGAGCGUGGCGCACUCGGUGGUGAAGCGGGUGUCCUCCUUCGUGCGGCAGAUCGACUUUGCCUUGGACUGGAUGGAGGUGGAGGCUGGGCGCGCCAUAUACAGGCAGGGGGACACGUCCGACUGCACUUACAUCGUGCUCAGCGGCCGCCUGCGCGCCGUCAUCCGGAAGGACGACGGCAAGAAGCGCCUGGCGGGGGAGUACGGCCGCGGAGACCUCGUCGGCGUGGUGGAGGCGCUCACCCACCAGGCCAGGGCGACCACGGUGCAUGCGGUUCGAGACUCAGAGCUGGCCAAGCUUCCUGCAGGGGCCCUGACGUCCAUCAAGCGCAGGUACCCCCAGGUUGUGACCCGGCUGAUUCAUCUCUUGGGCGAGAAGAUCCUGGGCAGCCUCCAGCAAGGAAGUGCCACAGGUCACCAGUUUGGACUACAUGCUGUGGGCAGCAAGUGGGACUCGGGGAACCCCGCCAGCAACCUCUCCACGGUGGCCGUCAUGCCCGCGUCGGAGGACGUGCCCCUCACCGCCUUCGCCCUGGAGCUCAAGCACGCCCUCAGCGCCAUCGGCCCCAUCCUGCUGCUGACCAGUGACAACAUAAAACAGCGCCUUGGCACUGCUGCUCUGGACAGUCUCCACGAGUACCGGCUGUCCAGCUGGCUGGGGCAGCAGGAGGACGUCCACCGCAUCGUGCUCUACCAGGCGGACAGCACGCUCACGCCCUGGACCCAGCGCUGCAUCCGGCAGGCCGACUGCAUCCUCAUCGUGGGCCUGGGUGAGCAGGAGCCCACAGUGGGUGAGCUGGAGCGGAUGCUGGAGCGCUCUGCUGUGCGCGCUCAGAAGCAGCUGGUCCUGCUACACCGGGAGGACGGGCCGGCGCCGGCCCGCACCGUGGACUGGCUCAACAUGCGCAGCUGGUGCUCCGGCCACCUGCACCUCUGCUGCCCCCGCCGCAUCUUCUCCCGGAGGAGCCUGCCCAAGCUGGUGGAGCUGUACGAGCGGGUCUGCCAGAGGCCCCCAGACCGGCACUCGGACUUCUCCCGCUUGGCACGGGUGCUGACUGGCAACGCCAUCGCCUUGGUGCUUGGGGGAGGGGGAGCAAGAGGCUGUGCCCAGGUGGGCAUCAUUCGGGCCCUGGCGGAGAGCGGCAUCCCCGUGGACAUGGUCGGAGGGACGUCCAUCGGGGCCUUCAUGGGCGCCCUGUACGCCGAGGAGCGGAACUACAGCCAGAUGCGGAUCCGGGCCAAGCAGUGGGCUGAGGGCAUGACAUCGAUGGUAAAGACCGUGCUGGACCUGACCUAUCCCGUCACCUCCGUGUUCUCCGGGGCCGGCUUCAACAGCGGCAUCUACAGCGUCUUCAAGGACCGGCAGAUCGAGGACCUGUGGCUCCCCGCCUUCGCCAUCACCACGGACAUCUCUGCCUCCGCCAUGCGGGUCCACACGGACGGCUCCCUCUGGAGGUACGUGCGCGCCAGCAUGUCGCUGUCGGGCUACAUGCCCCCUCUCUGCGACCCCAAAGACGGACACCUGCUGAUGGACGGGGGCUACAUCAACAACCUCCCAGGUACUGUGGUGGGUGGGGAGGGGCUGCCUGGCCCUGCCGCAGCCCCACGCUCUCCUGUGCCAAGGGGGACACAGGCGCCCACACGGCCAGGCACACGCUCGGCACUGCCUGCUCCCAGCAUAUGGCUCUGUUUGUCAGCUCAGCGGUGCCCAGAACAAGGCCAAGCAGAGGAGCCGGGAGCAAUUAGGUCCCGUCUGUGCCCACAGUCAGAACUAACAGCCUGCAGGUGUCGGGUUUGCUGCAGGCAAGAUCCCUCCUGGGGCACACCUGUCACCUGUUGGACAGCUCUGUGCACUCAGCUGCCCCCCUCCACAAGCCCAGCGGAUGUGGCCAGGUCAAUGGGGGCAAAGGUGGUGAUUGCCAUCGACGUGGGCAGCCAGGAUGAGACGGACCUCACCAACUACGGGGACGCGCUCUCUGGAUGGUGGCUGCUGUGGAAGCGCUGGAAUCCCUUGGCCACAAAAGUCAAGGUGCUGAACAUGGCGGAGAUCCAGACGCGCCUGGCCUACGUGUGCUGCGUCCGGCAGCUGGAGAUGGUGAGGAACAGUGACUACUGCGAGUACCUGCGCCCCCCCAUCGACAGCUACGGCACCCUGGACUUCGGCAAGUUCGACGAGAUCUGCGAGGUGGGGUACCAGCACGGCCGGACGGUGUUUGACAUCUGGGGUCGGAGUGGUGUGCUGGAGAAGAUGCUGCAGGACCGGCAGGGGACGAGCAAGAUGAAGGCCGGUGAUGUCCUCACCUGCCCCAAUGCCUCCUUCACGGACCUUGCCGAGAUUGUGUCACGUAUCGAGCCUGCCAAGGUGGCCGCAGUGGACGACGAGUCCGACUACCAGACAGAGUACGAGGAGGAGCUGCUGGAUGGCCCCAGGGACGCGUACGCUGACUUCCAAAGUGCGCCUGCCGAUGCCGACCCGGGCUCCACCUCGGAGGACGAGAUCUCGACUCGGCAUCGGCACUCCAGUCUGGCUCCCCCGCAGACAUCCCAGGACUCCUCAUCCCCCUGGCUUGCUGACCAAGAUGGGUCGAGGUCUCCGCUCUGACGGCCCUGAAGCCAGCAUCCCGCGGUGGGUCUCCAAGGCCCAGAUCCUGCAGUCCUGCCAGGGAGACCCGGGGCAGCCCAAGGCCCCCCCCGCCCCCCAGUCCGCCCAGCUUCUCCUCUGCUAGGAGCCCAGGCCUGAGCUGGUGUGUCUGGGGCCUCUCUGCACCAGCCCCCCCGGUGGAGCCCUGGGUCCUGGCAUCCCCUGCACACACAUCGGUCCUGGGGGGCCAUGCCAGCCCCUGCCGCCCCCCUCAGGCCUCUGAGACACCUCUGAUGGCCCCCAUGCUCUGCUUAGCCUGUCAAUAAAGGUAGAUCUGAUUGUG